AUGUGCCUUGUUUGUCGUGAAUUAAUUUCUGUAUUGAAAGAAUACAAUAUUAAACGGCAUUAUGAAUUCAAGCAUAAAGUUAAAUAUGACUCCUUAUACGGACAGUUAAGAGAAAUUGAAGUUAAUAAACUACAAAAAGCUCUAACCGGAGAACAAACGAUCUUUUCAAAAAUAACUACUCAAAAUAAAGCCAUAAUUUCUGCUAGUGUGAAUGUAGCUAUGUUAAUUGCGAAAGAGGGAAAACCAUUUACAGACGCAGAAAAUGUGUACUAA